ACUGCAGAGCCUGUAAUACUCCGUAGACCUGUUCGAGCUAUAGAAACCCUAAACCCGAGAGAGAGAGAGAGAGAGAGAGAGAGAGAGGGGUAGGUGAGUGGUGAAGUGAGAUGGGAAAGGCCAAGGGCAAGCAUCGAUUGGAUAAGUACCACCACCUAGCGGAGGAGCAAGGUUACCGUUCCAGAGCUGCCUACAAGCUCCUACAGCUCGAUGCCAAGUUCCGUUUCCUCCGUUCAUCCCGCUCCGUCCUCGAUCUUUGCGCCGCCCCCGGCGGUUGGUUGCAGGUCGCCGUCCGACAUGUCCCCGUCGGCAGCUUCGUCCUCGGCGUCGACCUCUUCCCCAUACUUCCUAUCCGCGGCGCUCUUUCCAUCGAGGAGGACAUCACCACUCAACGCUGCUGCUCCUCCAUCAAGAAGCUCAUGGAUGAAAACGGCUGCCGUGCUUUCGAUGUUGUCUUGCACGACGGUUCCCCCAAUGUCGAUGGCGCUUUGGCUCAGGAGGCCACCAGCCAGGCUGCUUUAGUCAUCGAUGCCGUCAAGGUCGCCACUGAGUUCUUGGCACCCAAGGGGACUUUUGUCACAAAGGUUUUCAGGUCGCAGGACUAUAGUGCCAUUCUCUACUGUCUCAAGCAGCUAUUCAACAAAGUAGAGGUGACUAAACCUGGUGCUAGUCGUUCAACAUCUGCGGAAAUUUAUGUGGUGGGUCUUAGAUAUAAGGCCCCUGCAAAGAUUGAUCCUCGUCUUCUCGAUGUUAAGCAUCUAUUUCAGGGAGCUAUAGAGCCCCCUAGGGUGUUGGAUGUUCUUCGAGGAAGAAAACAAAAGAGACACCGGGAAGGGUAUGAGGAUGGAGUUACUACUUCAAGGAAGGGAAAGAAAGAACUGCAGGCUGCUGAUUCCACACAGUUUAUUGAUGAGAAUGACGACUUAAAUGACAGUGAGGGUGAAGAAACCCCUGCAGCUUCUUACAAGGAAGAUUCACCGAGUGAUAUUGACUCUGAUGACGAACAGAGACGGAAUGAUGACCAACCGGAGGAACUCCUUGAUCAAGCUUAUGAACAACUCGUGAGUAGAAAAGAAGGAAGUGCUAAGCAGCGGAAACGUGCAAAGAAUGCCCGCAAUAAGGAUGGUGGAGAUUUAUUGAAGGUGUUAGACAUGAGGUGCACUGGACGACGCACGGCUAGGCGACCGGUAUGCACUAUGACUGGUAGCAAGAGCCACCCUCAGUUGCCCCAGACUGAUGUGGGACCUGUCCAGCCUCAACUGUCCCAGGCUAAGAUGGGUCCCUCCCAACCUCAGCCUCAGGAUCCGCCCCAGUCAAUUGGAUCCAUAGAGGCUCCUAGUGAUUUGUCAUCCACGAAAAAAAAGACUCGAGGCCCCACACGAUGCUUAGAAGUUUGGAAUAUGCGUGAAGGGCAACGCAUUCCUAUUACCACCAACACUCUAGGGCAGCCUGUUGGUGAUAAUGUUAGCAAGCUUACAAACUUCCUAGGGACCAUAGCACGUAAUGGGGAAUUUGCACCCCUUACAUUUUCUGAUUGGAGGGCGGUGCCAGAUGAGAGUAAGGAUGAUAUGUGGGGGCUUGUCACGUCUAAGUUUGACAUUGACACAAACAUUAAGUCUUGGGUGCUGAUGUCUAUUGGUAAAAAAUGGAGGGAGUGGAAGUGCGAGUUAAAGAAACUCCACUAUUUACCUCAUGAGACUGAUGAGAAGCGGCUCGCAGACCUUGAUGAGCGGGUCCAAUCGGAUCAGUGGAAGGUCCUCAUUGAGUUUUGGAACUCUGAAGAGGGGAAGGCCCGCAAUAAGACAAAUACAAAGAAUCGGGGAAAACAGAAGAUCAGCCACGCUGCAGGCUCGAAGAGCUUUGCUCGGAUACGUGAGGAAGAGAGGGCGAAGAGGGCUGAUGGAGAGGAUUUGACCAGGGCAGAGAUGUUCAUAUUGACCCAUACAUGCAAGGAUGGGAGGCCCGUGGAUGAGGCUUCAUCAGUAGCAAUGUCACAACUUAAUGAACGAAUAAAUCAGCACUCCGAGGCCUCACAGAGCAGCACUACAUGGAAUGACGUAUUCUCCCAAGUCAUGGGAGAAGAUCGACAUGGCCGUGUUCGCACUUAUGGGUUAGGUCCCUCUCCUUCUGAUUUGCGGGGCACAACACCAAUGUUGGCCUCCGUUGCUCAGAAGAGAGACGAACGAUAUAAGGGAUUGCAGGCUGAAAUAUCAUCCCUAAAAGAAACUGUGGCUGAAAUGUCAUCCUUGAGAGAAACUUUGGCAACAUUGAUGUCCGCCCUGACAAAUCCAAACAUUAACCUAGCCACAGUAUUAGGUGUAUCUGCUAAUCCCAACCAAAACCAGCCGUUCUCAUCAUCAACCUCACAGAGAUCCUCGGCGAAGAAGGGGAAGACCACGACUCGCAGUAGUGCUGAGGAUGUGAUCGAAGUUCUUCUUACCAGUGUCGCGAGGCCCGGGGUUACUGUGGCUAAGGGAGCUGUUUUGAGUAAGGAUCCACUCAUAAAAGUAGGAGGGCAAGAACUCGGAACUGAUUACUGGGAAGUAUACGUUCAGGUGGCAAUGAUAUGUCAGGAGGCUUUGAUAAGACCCUAUGGACGAUAUAAGACAAUUGGGGAUGUAGUUGAAACUAGUAUUGCUUGGCCUGCCAGUUUAUGUAGGGUUGUAGGCAGAGAUAGAUGAGGGCUAAAUGGAGAUUUUUUUUUUUUUUUUCUUCAAGUAUUAGAAACUAUUUUCAACUUUUGUAAUUCCCAUCUACGAAUCUUCACGUCUGCUGAAUUUUGUUCUCUUGGUGCCGAUCUUUUGCUUUUUAGAUCUAGAUCUACUCACUUUAUUUCUACUUUUCUAUUUCUGUGAAAAAUUCUUUGAGCAGAUUGUGUUUUGUUUGUUGGCAAUAUUACAAUUUUGCCUAGGUUUGAACUGUUUGUGGAGGUAGGAGACUUGGUCAUAACACUGCUUUAACCUGGUCGAGCCACUCUUAAUGGUGCCUUUGCCAAUGAUAUGGGUGAAAUACUUUCUGCUUAUGCAGGUCUGAUUGGAAAUGCUAACACUGUUAAGUUUGGGGUAGCUGCCCUGCGUACUGUCUUAAAACUCUGGUGGAGGUUGAUCACUCCUCUUGGAUGGAAAAAGACCCGUUUAGUGUCAUUCAGUGGCUAAAGGCUUCUUCCAUGCCUUCUUUAUUUGUUGUUGAAUUCCAAGCUAUUGAUAAGACUGUCACUCUGCAAAGUUGGUUGAUUUACCCUCCACAGUUGGAGGAAUAGUACAGUCUGUAAGUUAGCAUAUUACUUGUGGAAAGUAUCAGGUGUAAUGCUUAGUUUUGGA